GAAAAAGAAGAAGAUGGAACGAAACCCAUUCAGGCACGAUUAUCAGUAAACAAAGGAUUUUGUUAAUCAAGCAAAGGGGUUUCUUGGUCAAACAGCUCUAAUACUAUGGUUUCUACAUUGGAUACGAAAUAGAGACCAGCUCAUGAUUCCGGAGGCAAUGGCAGACAUCCCAAUAGAUCUCGAUACUAGCUACUAUAUUGUUCCACUCCCGAUCGGCCAUCGAUGUUUUGUGAUUUCUGCGGACGGAAAGACUACGGCACGCCUCCCAUCGGGACAGCUUUUGGUCUCUGCGUUCGAGUCAUGUUUACCAGCAGGAUCCAGUCAAUAUCGAGGCAACAGGAGGUCGGACUACUGUAUUCUGGAUUGCGUCUACUCUUCCGUCACCAGGACUUUUUGGACCUUGGACAUCAUGUGCUGGAGAGGCCACCCCGUUUAUGAAUGCGAGACAGAAUUUCGAUUCUGGUGGUUGAGAGGCAAGUUGGCAGAAAUUGAGGGUUUACAGGGCAAGUGGGUUGCAAGCCAGACAAAGGAGUGGGAGCAAGAAAUGACAAAGAAGAGGCUGAAAAGGGCUCGACAGAUCAAGAAGCGGCAGGAAAAGGCAGCAGCGGCAGCUACGACGGCUGCCAUGGACGUAGUGCCGGUAGAAAAACCAGAGGUCACAGUUCAGGAAGAGGUCGAUGAUGGAGAUGAUGAAGCAGGGACUGAGAGCAUGGAUGUUGAGGACAACGCGAAGUCAGGGCCAGCAGGAGUGUCAAGAAGAUUCUGGCCAGUCGUUUUCACGCCAUUGCCGUACUUCAAUGCAUCGAUCGAUUUGGUCAGGCUGUUGGCAGAGUCCAUGUAUCAGCCCGCACCUUCUCAAUCUUCGUCGUCAGCUGCACCGACGAAUGCUAUGAGUAAUACAGGAUCUUCGUCUCAGGAUCCGUCUUUGGUAGCCAAGAAUGCAAGCAUGGUACAGUCCACGCUUCCAUCAUCCUCACCUUCAUUAUCCUCACCUGCGACAACAUCGACAUCUGUCCCUGCUUCAAAACUGCCACCAGCGACAAAACUUUCAUCCAAACCGCACCCAGCGGGCGCUUUGACUCAUUCACAUGGUGGCAAUAACAACAACCAUGUUUACAGUAACAACGAUGGUAAUUUGAACAAUGGUACCUCGGCUUCUGCUUCCCUCUCGAUUCUCGGAACGAUGGCUCUUUCGGGAGAAAUAGCGACCGCGGCGGCGUUGUUCCCAGCGCACGAUAAUACCCAGAAGAUACGACAGGACCAGACGCUCUUGCAUGAACGGGCCGCAGGACUCGUGUUUUUCAACAAGAAGACCAUGUAUGUCCUAGGAACGACUCCGCUCUGUGGAUGGGUUACGAUGGAGCAGAUCGGAGACGUGUUCUUUGGUGAAGAAGGCGGGAUUGGCCCAGUGCCGGGCACCAGUGCGGUCGAAGGCAGGGAGGUUGAGAUGGAGGACGCGUUGGAGCGGAUCCGGAUCUGAAAAAGAGAAAAAAAAAAAAAAAAGCGAACAAGACAUACUAUGGGUUUUUACACCGACACAGAAAGAACUCUGUUAUUUUUCCAUCUUGCACUCACAUAUCACUAAACAUUCCAUUUUGCAGACACAUACACAGAUUUCAAUAAUAAUAAUAUUGCAUGCCUCGACAAACAUAAAGCCAUAUA